UUAGUUUAUUUCUACCGGAAACUGCUCUCUAAAACCCAAACAAACACAGCCGUAUGGUAGCGGCCCCGCAAAACUGCAGAUACGUGUCGAAUAGUAGCGGCCCCGCAAAACUGCAGAUACGUGUCGAAUCCACGCGGCCCAGCUCUCUUUCUCUCCUCUUUCACCAAGCCCUAGGCGCACCACCCUAAGCCACCGCAGCACCGCUGCGGCUUUGCCACCGGAGUUCGUCGGACCACCGUGUGGAUCCCGGUCCGUCGACGCAGGCGAGGGCCUCCGACGCCGAUCGAAGUGCUGCCGCCGCUGUUUGUUUAGCCCGGUUGGUCCUCGACAACAGACUCUUCAGCUUGUUCAGUUCAUGCAAUGCAACCUCUGCGGCAACCGUUUCAACUUGUUGAUCAGGACAUGCCAGAAGCUAACAUGGGGAUGUCAGAGCAGAUGCCACAUUUUCCGCAACUUGGGCACCAUAUGCCUCACUCUGGUCUUGUUCUACCUGCACCACGAGCUGUGCUACCUGGUGGAUAUAUGCCAAACAUGGGUGCCCCUAUGCAGCCUCCGUUUUAUACUUAUCAACAAAUGUGGGUUCCUGUUCUAGUUCACCCCCUGGGUUCAACUCAGCAUCACACCAUGUCUCCUUGGUUGCCCUCGGUUAGCUCAUCUGACCCUAGCCCUUUGGAUUGGCAAGAGCACUUUUCACAUGAAGGGAAAAAGUACUAUUACAAUAUGAGGACAAAGCAAUCAAGUUGGUACAAACCUGUCGAGUUGAUGAUACCUUUGGAGAGGGCUGAUGCGACUACUGCUUGGAAUGAAUAUACUACGGAUGAAGGACGGAAGUACUACCACAACAGAGUGACGAAGAAAUCUCAAUGGACUAUUCCUGAGGAGCUGAAGAUUGCACGUGAACUAGCAGAGAAGGCGUCAAGCCAACGGCCUGAUCAGGACGCUCAAACCACUGCUGGUGCCUAUGUUGGAUCCUCUUAUGCUGCUUCAAGCACACACGAUGCAGUGGCGGUCGUUUCUGAAAGAAUAGAUCAAGAGUUGAGGAUUUGAGUCUUGGCCCAUGGUAGCAACAGUUGCUUCAGGCUUCAGGCACACAUGGUGCUGUAGGUAGUGGUCAGUCAUCUGUGGUCUGUGGAACAUUAGAUCAAAAGUUGUUGAUUCGAGGAAAAAGUUCUUAAGAUUUUACCGAAGUUGUUAUAAGGUACCCGUUCCAGAGUUGCUAUACCGUAGUUGCUACUCCUUUGGGUAUAAGCUACCCUGAGUUGUGGUUUUUAGUAGUAAUAUUACUCCUUUCAU